CGCUAACGCCUGUCCGUCGCUGGUAUAUAAAUUGCAGGAAACUUCGCUGAGCGGCUGCGCAGGUCGCACGACGGAGUUUUGUCGUUAGCCGUUCGAGGCCCAGCUUGUCUGGAGUGACAUUGCAACGUUGAGCUUCCGCCCAGGAGAUCUGUUUCAUAGGGCGACGAAUGCAUACACGGGCCGCAACGCCACGGCCAGCCGAGUGAAUAGGCCACGCAUAACACAGUGGGUCCCGAUCACAUGGCCUACGAGACCUCCGAGUUUAUGCGUUUGGUGAAUGGCGAGCCUUGACCCGCAGCCACUUCCGGCGACUCAAGCAAAAUUCGUGCUAAAGCAUUCGAAAGCUUCGGCAGUUCUUCACGCAAUUCCUCCACCUAAGUACGCAACUGACGUGCGGACAAACUCAAGACAGCCGCUAUUCAACACACGAUCUAAAACUACAAUGGCGGAAGAGCAAAACGCUCCGGCUCUGUGGUCAUCACGCCCAAAGCGCCAAUUGCGCGAUCAACUCCUCAAGUCUGCUCUCAAGCAGCACGGAAUCCGGUAUCAUGAUCGAGACAGCGAAGAGCGCCUACAAGAACUGGUGAAGCGCGCCGAGCGUGGCCUACGCAAGUAUUCCAACUGCACGUACGAGGAGCUGGUUCAGUUCGUCUGUGACCGGAAGCUCAAGGUAUCUGGCACGCGGCGCGACAGCAGGGAGCGGUUUAGUGAAACACUUGAACGCCGCGACGACGAACUUCUUUUCCCACGCUUCACCCAGCUGCCCACGGAGCUGCAGAGCAACAUCUGCGCGUUCGCUUUGAUCGGUAUAGGAGCCCUCGGAGCUGGACCCGUUCGGCCCCCCAGCUACAACCAUGCAUACGAGAUCCCGCGCUUGGCUCCCGUGAAUGGCGUGUUACGAGCUGAAGUUCUAUCCUUGUACCACCGUAUGAACGUGUUCUAGUUCAACAUUGACGAAGACGACGAAAGCUAUUUCCAAGCGUGGCUUGGCAUGGUCUCACGCAACGCACUGUAGCAUAUC